AUGAGUACUAGUACCAGUGAAGUUUUCACAAUGGAGACGAAUUCAGAUAGGACAGCACUGCUAGGUUUCACACCACAAAAAGUCUGUCACUAUAGCCGUCACUUGCCAUAUUCACAGGAGCUAGAUGUAGAAUCAGUUGCGAUAUUUGCCGACAUUAAAGCAAACCUGAGUCGCUCAAUUCAGUUGAGAGACAUUAAAGUUGGAUGCCGUCAUUGGAUUCUACAAUUGGAAAGGUACAUACUGAUUUAUGGAUACAAGUUUUCCAAGACAGACCAUGUUCACCUUGUCAAAUUGGUGUUUGAGCUGCUUACUAUGCCACUCAAAGAAUAUGCCCUGGUGGAAAAGUUUGCAGUUGUUCUUUCUUUGCUGCUCAAGAAGCGAAGUUUGUUGUCGAGGGAAGACCUGAUCUUGCCAUGGAGACCACUGUACAAAAUAGUUGAAGAGGUUAACAAGAAUGGAGGAGGCUGCAAAGUGUUUCCUAUAAAAUUUGAAAGUAACAUAAAAAGUGCUGUGAGAGCUUGCAACCCAUAUUUUCAUGAGGAUGCCACACAAGAGAUGCUGGAUGAGUGGCGUCCUUGGCUGUGCCCAUUUGAUAUGUUGGUCAUAGGAGGUCUUCAGUGCUUGGAGUUGUUCCUGCCAACUUCCCUGCCUCCAGAGCUUCACCAUAAAGGCUUUAAACUGUGGUUUGAUGAAUUUCUUGACCUGUGGAAAGCAUUCCAUAGUAUGCCAUCAUGGGAAGGGUCACUGGUGAACUUAUUCUCAAGACUGGCACAUGAUAACAUUGGCUACAUUGAUUGGACACCACAUAUCCCAAUGAUCUUCACUCGGCUUCUGCGAAGUUUUUGUCUGCCAGUAGGCGCAAAACAGCUGAUCCCCAAUCGCAACCAAAAUGCAUAUGAAAUUGUGAACACAUCAACCUGGAUUGUGAGCAUGAUGGGUGGUCCUGAUGACUGUGUCCAGGAGCACAUAACAAAGCUGUUCAAGGCACUGCACUCUUUCUAUCACCCAUCUAAUGUUGGCAGAUGGACUAUUCGCCUGGGAUCCUUUCUUCAUAAUCUUCCUAAAAUGUUUGUGAGAAGAUUGCGCAGAGAAAGAUACAAGGCAUUGUCAUGGCUGCCUCCUAUACCAGACUCACACAAACUGACAGAUGCCCAGAUCACUGAGUUUGUUGAGAGCCUAAAAUCAUCUUUAUUUGUGGCCAUGUUCAGCAAGUUUGGCAGUCAGGAAGCUUCCAUGGCCCUGCGAAACCUGGCAACACUGAGGCCAGAGAUUGUUGCCCCUCCUUUGUUAGAAAAAAUGUAUCCUGCCAUGGAAACCCUGAUUGAACCCCACCGAUUGAUUGCCUGCAUGAUCUGCAUUGUUUCUGUUAUUCGACCGAUGCUGACUUCACCCAAGUAUUAUCCAGAGGGCCCUUCCCAUGUGCUUCCAUUGCUCAAACUGUCCCUGCCUGGAAUAGAUGCCAAUGAUUUCAAAAAAACUCUAGUCACCCUUCAGAUGGUGUCAACAUUUGUCACUCUAAUACCCAUUGUGGACUGCAGCGAGGCUAGCUUCACUGUGCAAGGUUUGACAGAGCAUGAAAAAGACCUUUGCUCUGCAACAGCUCAGUUUGAGGACUAUGUUUUAUCUUUUCUUGACAGAAUACAGAAUCUAAUCGAGCACAGCAGCCAGGAAGGCACGUCUGUGGGUGCCAUAGAGAGACAGACCCCAGAACAGUCAGUGUUGGAAGUGGGGCUGGCAUCGACAGUCUCUGCCAUGUUGCAGCAAUGCUCUACACCCAUCUACAUGAGUGCCUUGAAGAAAAUUCGGGAAUUUGUCUUCUCCAAUGUGUUUGAAGUCAAAGUGAGUGGGAAGCUGACAGCCCAUUUGGUCAGGGCAGCUAUCCGAGCAAAACCAGAGAUUGGCCUGAAGAUGUUUAUUCCACAUCUGUGCUCAAACAUUCUGGUCUUCUUACAGGACCAUCCUGGUGCUUAUAAUGAAGAGCAUCUGGAUAACACCUUCUUAUGGAACCUGAUAAUUCUUUCUCAUGCUGUGCGAUGCGAUGGAGCUGCUUUGCUUCCCUACAAGACUCAGUUGCUGGAGGUUCUACAGAGUGUUCUCAAGCUCAAGAGUGUCUUUGGCUUUGAAGUGUCUGGGCAGUUCCUGAAGCACUUUUUACGGGCACUGACACAAAUACACCCACUCAGCCUCAAAAGUGUUGAUGAAGACUUUGACAAGCCCUUCACAGAAUAUAUGCCUAUUAAAGAUUGGGGUAAACCUGGGGAUCUGGAAAACUUGAAUGUUCAGUGGCACAUUCCAUCAUCGGAUGAACUGGACCUGGCACAGGAAAUUGUGGACACUGUCCUGGUACCUGAGCUGGAAUUUUUGCACACUUUCAGUUCUACCCAUGAGAUAUCUAAAGAAGAUUUGUUGCGUCGGUUGAAUAUUGUCGCAGAGCUGCUGCUCGGAGCUGGAAGCUACUUGCCACCAUGGACUGAUGAACAGGUGACUCUAAAGACAAGCCAGGUUCCACUGGUAAAAUUUAGCUGUCAUGUGAAAACUGAUGAUCGAGUUCUGACAGCCAAAGGGAAAAACGUCAGGGCUGCAGUGCACGAUGCCCUGAGUCAUUUACUAAAAUGCAUGAACAUCUCCAGGGAAGAUGACACGAGAAGCUUGUUUCAUAUAGUCAAGAUCUAUGAGGUCAUUAUACAACACUAUGGAGCAGUGAAGAAUGAGUUUGAUGGCCGGUGGAAAAGUUUCCAUGUCGUCAAAUCAGCUUUGGAGAACCAGUUGGUGUCAAAGAAGAGAUACUUGCGGGCAUUACUGAUAGACAGGAUCCAGUUGCAGCAUGAGCUGAGGAUUCUGAAUUCCUCUGUGCAUGGGUUCACUAGUCGACACCAAGUCAUGCUGAAUGAGCUGCUUAGUCUGUCUCUGAGUCGGUAUCGAGAGGUGAGAAAACGAGCCCAGAUGUGCUUACAUCAAGCAUUCAGGUUGUUUAACUACUCUUAUCUGACAUGCCUGCCCCAGAUUGUGGAUCACCUGAAGAACAAGGAUGUGGAGCAGCAUGUUUUCAAGGGCAGCUUGUAUGUGAUACAGAGUGGAGGCAAGACAUGCCUGGCCAACAAACGGGACUGGCAGUCACUGAGCAAACUGUGGCCGGCCAUUGUCCAGGCUCAGCAGUUUGAAAAGCCCUCAAUUCUCAGGGUUAUUGAGGAUAUCAUGAAUAAGGUCUAUAAAGGGCUGGAGACUUUUGCUGUAACAAUCACG